GAAGUUCCUAAUAAUAUAAGCAAGUCUAGGACUGUCCGCUUCCAUAAAUUGUUUAAAUCAACUCCAGUCGAUGAAUACCCAGUUGAAUCAUUUUCCUGUGCCUUUAAGGGAGACAUUCUUCUCCAUGGUCAGAUGUAUGUUUCUCAUAACUGGGUUUGUUUCUAUUCUAAAAUCAAGGCAAGGGGAAGAUUGAUAGAAAUUCCACUUGACAAGAUCAUAAGUAUUACCCGCGAAAAAUUGGCUCUCAUAAUUCCAAAUGCUAUUGGCAUUCAGACAGCUGAUCAGAAGUAUGUUUUUGGAUCUUUCAUCUCAAGAGAUUCCACUUACAAGAAGCUUGUCACUAUUUGGAAAGUUAACCAAGAAGCGGUAUCAGGCAGUCUGGGCGUGGAUCUGGAAAUCACAGGUGGCAUGCUGGGCAACUGUAACAGUGACGACACUACUGAAUCUGAUACCACUGAAGAUGACUUGAAUGCUGAUGAACAGUUAGGUAUCAUCCUUGCAGGAAGUUCAUUUAGAAGAGAUGCUGAAGCAAUGAAGUACUCAGAACCAUCCCUAGGUAUUCAGCUGGCAAAGAAGCAUCAAUGCUUAAACUGCAAGUCUGCAUUGAAGACAUUCUGCUUGUUUUCAGUUAAAUUACAAAAGAUACCUCGUACAAACAUGUUGUUGGCAGUAUGCACUAUAUUAGUGUUUUUCCUGUUGCUGUCAGCUAUUGGCCUGACUUACAAGAUUCUACUUCUCCAGAGUAAACUGGAAAUGAGGGGUGUUUGGAACCCACAGCUGUCUGUUAGCUUCAGGGACAGAGCAAUGAGUAAUCUAUAUUGGUUGCAGACAGAGAGCCAUGCUUCAGUAGUGAGGCAGCUGCAUAGUGUCCUGGAAGCAAACUUGCAUUUGUUGGAGGAAGUCCAUAUCCUUUUAAGGAGCCUCCACAGGCAACCUUCUGUGAGUACAUCUACUUGUAAUCAAGAUGAAAAAUAA